AAAAAAGGGGAAAUUGAAUCCAUCCAUCCCUUGCCCUUCCGGCAAAUUUCACCUUCGUCCCCAAACCUUCCCACCAAACAAACCCGUCGUCGGAAGGGAAACCGAUACUUCUGAAAACCUCUGGGGGCGGAGGAGAAGGCGGCAUCGGAUCGGAGGUCAGAGAGAUUCGUUCACGAGCGAUCAUGUCGGAGAUGGCGGCCAUGGAUCCCGAGGGCAUCGACGGAGUUAGGAUGACUUGGAACGUCUGGCCGCGGACCAAGGUGGAGGCGAGCAAAUGCGUGAUCCCGCUCGCCGCCUCCAUCGCUCCACUCCGCCCUCACCAGGACAUCCCCACCCUACCCUACGCCCCACUUCGAUGCAAGUGCUCGGCGGUCCUCAACCCCUGCGCCAGCGUCGACUACACUGGCAAGCUCUGGAUCUGCCCCUUCUGCUUCAACCGCAGCCAUUUCCCCCCUCACUAUUCCAUGAUCUCUGAAACUAACCUCCCCGGCGAGCUCUACCCCCAUUACACCACUGUGCAGUAUGCUAUCCCUUCCAGCCCCCUCCAACCCCAGAGCUUUGACGGCUCCCCACCCAAUUCUCACCCCCCUGUGUUUAUGUUCGUCCUCGACACCUGUAUGAUCGAGGAGGAGCUGGGCUUCGCCAAGUCCGCCCUCAAGCAAGCCGUCGGGCUCCUUCCUGAGAAUGCCCUCGUUGGGUUCGUUUCCUAUGGGACCCAGGUUCAGGUCCACGAACUGGGUUUCUCGGAGCUUUCGAAAGUCUAUGUCUUCAGGGGGAGCAAGGAAAUCAGCAAGGAACAGGUUAUGGAGCAGCUGGGUCUUGCUGUUUCGGGCCGGAGGGCUGCAGGUGCUCCCGGGCUUCAGAAGGGUGCCGUGCAGAAUGGCUUCCCAGGCAGCCAUUCUGGGGUUACCCGGUUCUUACUGCCUGCUUCUGAGUGCGAGUAUACCCUGGAUUCAGUGUUGGAUGAAUUGCAAACAGAUCAGUGGCCCGUCGCCCCUGGGAACAGGCAAUCCAGGUGCACAGGAGUGGCAUUGAGUGUUGCUGCUGGAUUGCUUGGAGCUUGUCUGCCUGGCACCGGAGCUCGCAUUGUGGCUUUGGUCGGUGGUCCUUGCACGGAAGGCCCUGGCACGAUUGUGUCCAAGGAUAUGUCUGAUCCAGUGCGAUCACACAAGGAUCUUGACAAGGAUGCUGCACCCUUCUUUAAGAAGGCGGUCAAGUUCUACGACGGCCUUGCGAAGCAGCUUGUCAGUCAGGGCCAUGUGUUGGAUCUCUUUGCUUCUGCGCUUGAUCAGGUGGGGAUUGCAGAGAUGAAAGUUGCAGUCGAAAGGACCGGGGGGCUUGUUGUCCUGUCUGAAAGUUUUGGUCAUUCAGUUUUUAAGGACUCUUUCAGACGUGUAUUUGAAGAUGGAGAACAAUCACUUGGCCUUUGCUUCAAUGGCACUCUGGAGAUCAUCUGUUCUAAAGACAUCAAAAUUCAGGGAAUACUUGGACCAUGCACAUCUCUGGAGCAGAAAGGACCUGCUGUUUCUGACACGAUUAUUGGAGAAGGGGGUACUACAGCAUGGAAAAUGUGUGGCAUAGACAAAAGUACUUGCUUGACUGUUCUGUUUGAUCUUUCAACAAGUGAUAAGACAUCUACUUCAGGAACUGUAAAUCCUCAAUUGUAUCUACAAUUUCGCACAAGUUAUCAGAACCCAGAUGGUCAAACUAUGCUAAGAGUUACAACUGUUACUAGAAGAUGGAUUGAUAGUGCUCUUAGCUCUGAGGAUUUGCUACAAGGUUUUGAUCAAGAGACUGCUGCUGUAGUGAUGGCAAGAAUAACUUCCUAUAAAAUGGAGACAGAGGAUGGGUUUGAUGCUACCCGGUGGUUGGAUCGGAGUCUCAUUCGUGUCUGCUCCAAAUUCGGCGAUUAUCGAAAGGAUGACCCGGCAUCAUUUACCCUGAAUCCUUCUCUCUCUUUAUUCCCUCAGUUUAUGUUUAACCUACGUCGUUCACAGUUUGUACAGGUUUUUAAUAACAGCCCUGAUGAGACUGCUUAUUUCCGCAUGCUGUUGAACCGAGAGAAUAUCUCAAAUGCAGCAGUCAUGAUUCAGCCUUCAUUGAUAUCCUACUCAUUCAACUCAUUGCCUCAACCAGCUCUGUUAGAUGUGGCUUCUAUUGCAGCGGAUAAAAUUCUUUUGUUAGAUUCAUAUUUCAGCAUUGUCAUCUUCCAUGGAAUGACGAUUGCUCAGUGGCGUAACAUGGGCUACCACAAUGAGCCAGAGUAUCAGGCAUUCAAGCAAUUGCUGCAAGCUCCUCAAGAUGAUGCACAAAUGAUCAUCAGGGAACGCUUCCCCGUCCCGAGAUUGGUGGUAUGCGAUCAGCAUGGUUCCCAGGCAAGGUUCCUGCUGGCUAAAUUGAAUCCAUCAGCCACUUAUAGUAAUGCCCACGAGAUGGCUGCGGGAUCGGAUGUAAUUUUCACAGACGAUGUUAGCCUUCAAGUCUUUAUUGAGCAUCUGCAGAAGUUGGCUGUUCAAUCCUGAGGAAGGAAAGACUCCGUAAAGUAAAUGGCUUCUUGAUGUGGGUGAAAUUCCUGGCGGCAGAUAUCCUAGUUAUAUCAUAUCCUCUCCCUGACGGUGGUAAUGUGGUCCUUUUUCCUCCUUCCCUUAUUAAAGUUGUCCUGUUUGUAGAAUAUCGAGUUGAAUCCCCUUGUGCUAUUUAUGGUAAGAUAGUUAAGAACACGAGAUUUUUGUUUCGGGGUUAUUAAAGAGGUAUACAUGUACUCAGUUCAGAAAUAAUUGGGGGCAGUCAGAAGGCAGUUAAACGAGGAACAGAUGUAAGAUGCGAUCCUUUGUUUUUCCUUUUUUGUUUUUGUUUUUGUUUUUGUUUUUUUUUUUUUUGUUUUUUCUGGUUUUUAAUUAUAAUUCUGUUUGCAAUCCAUUAUUGAGUUAAGUAUGCGAUGCCUUGUAAUUUAAGUGUAUGUAAUCUAAAUGAGAUUUAUUUCAUUGAGGUUGAGAAGCUUAAGGAGUGUCCUUCAUGCA